AACAGGUGGGCAAAGCCCCAACCCGCGCUCAAACGGCGCUUGAGCCGCGCUUAAAGCGCGCGCGGCUUCUUUCGGGAUCUUUUCGUCCCUGCUACCCCCCACCUGAAGCUGCCCCCGAGCGCACCGGGAGUAAGAAAAUCCCCGUUUGGGGUUCCUGGGGGGGAUUUGCCAGCUUUGCGAGGGCUCAGCAUCCCGCCGGAGCUCGCGCUUGCUGCCGGAGUUAAACCCAGCCCUAACAAAGAGCUGUUUAUUAAAGCCAGCGACGCGCCAGCAUCUAUUUGCUUUUGCCUCCCUUCCUCUGGGCUCGGGGUGUCCCAGAGCUGCCAGCACAGCCGGGCUCAUCCUCCCCGGCAGCCCGGGACCCCCGAAACUUCUCCAGGGAAAGCAGAGGACACCGAGCGCGUUGCUCGGGCUGCUGUGUUUGUCCUCCCUCAAACAUCAGCAGCUCUCUGGAAACGGGAAUCAUUCCACAGUGCGGUUAUGGAAAAAGGGGAAGGAAUCGCUUCGACCAGGUGGGACAGAGCCCACCAGCUCCGCUCGCUUUCCCGGAAUUCCAUAGCCCCCAGCCCAGCCCCUGUGUGCUGUCUCCUCGGCGCGCUCCCCGGAUUUCUGAGCUCUGGGAAUGGCUUUGCUCUUUUUCCUCGGUUUCAAGUCAAUUCCGCAGGAAUCCCAUAAUAACGGUGCCCGUCUCCGGCAUGAGUCAGUCCCGUGGGAGCGAUCGGUUUGCAGGCAGGAGUCCCACCAGCGUUCCUGGCCCCGGCAGAGCUCACAAGACAGCUGUUUUCCUCUUCUUUUGUCAUGUGGAAGUGGGACAGGGCUGGAGCUCCAGCAGGAUGAAACAUGAGUUAUAGCAUCUCUCCCACAAAGCGAUCCCAGCCCUGCCUGGAGCGCAGGCCUAGGUGGAAAAAACUCCUGGAAUUGGGUAAAUGCGCGGGGAAACACAAAGCGAGGGCGCUCAGGGAACAUCGGAUGCUGCGGAGCUCCCGCACCAGCCUCCUCCCGCGGGCAGCAGGUUGGCUCCUGGGAGGAGCGGCGGCGCAGGGAGGUCCCCAUCCCUGUCCCCAUCCCUGUCCCCAUCCCUGUUCCCGCAGAGCUGCCUCAGCAGGCAGCAGCUCCUGGCUGCCAUCCGGCAGAUGCAGCAGCUGCUGAAGGGGCAGGAGACGCGCUUCUCGGAGGGGCUGCGCGCCGUGAGGAGCCGCCUCAGCACCAUCCACGCCUCCCUGGCCAGGGCCGCCCCGCAGCUGGCCGCCCCCUCCUGUCCUGCCCUCCAAGCCCCUGCGGAUGGGAGGAAGUUCGGCACCAAGUAUUUGGUGGAUCACGAGGUUCACUUCGCCUGCGAUCCCGGAUUCCAGCUGCUGGGCUCCAGCACACGGACGUGCCAGGCCAACGGCAGCUGGACAGGGCAGGAGCCCCGCUGUGCAGAGAUCAGCGAGUGCUCGAGCAGCCCCUGCCAGAACGGCGGGACGUGCCUGGAGGGGCUCGACCACUUCAAAUGCCUCUGCCCCCCGCAGUGGACCGGGACCAGCUGCCAGUACCGGGCUCAGACCGCUCCUCCCGCCUGGAGCGUGACGGAUGACCCGGCCUUCAGCCGGCAGCCCCGCUGCGCCCAGAUCGCCCAGACCCAGCAGUGCAGCUGCGAUCCCGGCUUCCACAUGAGCGGCACGGCUCCCGACGGGAUCUGCCAGGACCUCAACGAGUGCGAGGUGUACCAGCAGGAAGGGGGACCCCGGCUCUGCGCCCACGCCUGUGUCAACAUUCCCGGCUCCUUCCGCUGCUCCUGCCCCGCCGGGUACGUGCUGCUGGGCGACGGCAAGAGCUGCGAAGAUAUUGACGAGUGUUCCCUAUCCCAGGAUAACUGCACGAGCGGGAGCACCUGCAUCAACACCGGGGGGAGCUUCCAGUGCGUCACCCCCCAGUGCCCCCCGGCCUCCGGCAACGUGUCCUAUGUCAAAACCUCCCCUUUCCAGUGCGAGCGCAACCCGUGCCCCAUGGAGAGCCGCUGGUGCCACCAGGCGCCCAAAACCAUCUCGUUCCACUACCUGCCGCUGCCCUCCAGGCUGCGAGCCCCGGCGCCGCUGUUCCGCAUGGGGACGGCGGCGGCGGCGGCCGCGGGUCGGGCGGGACCCGACAGCCUGAGGUUCGGCAUCGCCGGCGGCAGCGAGCGCGGCCACUUCGUGGUGCAGCGCUCGGGCCGGCACAGCGGGGAGCUGCUGCUGGUGCGCAGCCUGGCGGGGCCCCGCACCGUCCGCCUGGACGUGGACAUGGCCGAGUACGUGGACCGCGUGUUCCAGGCCAAGCACCUCUCCAAAAUCACCCUCUUCGUCUCGCCCUAUGAGUUUUAGGGGGGAUUCCCCGUGGGGAUUCGCACGGGAGCGGCGGGGGGUACCGUCCUCAUCCCAGCGCCAGAGAGACAAUGUCCUACAAGAGCAGAUGGAAGCCACAGCCCUGAUCUCCCUUGAAAUCCCUUUUUCCUUUCACACCUCUUUCCUUUCAGAUUUUUUUCCUUUCGGAGCGCGUGAGAGGAGGGAGGCUCAUGGCUUUUCCUGCUCUCCUCCCUCGUUGCACCCACUCCCUAAAAACACACUCCCACUUCCCUUUGGAUGCUGUAGGGAUUGAGGCCUGGUGCCUGAUCAGGGCUGGGAAACUUCAUGAACAUCCACCUGGGUGUGGAGGUGGGAAUAUUCCCUGCUCCAUCCUCCACAGGAAUGCUGGGAAGAGCUGGGAUUCAGCAUUUCCCAGGGGGAUUCACCCUCCUGCUUGUGCAUGUCCCCUCACCCCGCUGGAUUUAGUACAAUUAAAGGAUGAUGUAAAGGA